AUGGAAGAAUCAUGUCCACCUCAAAUAAAUCCACCUUCCUAUCUCCAUACUCCUCGAUUCCUAGCCCUAUCCUCUCGUACAAUAACUCUUAUUGCUAUUCCUACACAUUUCUUCGGUUUCUACUGUAUUUUAUUCAAAAUCUCAUCAGCUGUUCGUAGUGCAAAAAUCGUGUUAUUCUUGUCUUGUUUGUGGUGUCUAAUUUAUGAUAUCGCGCAAGGUUUUCUCUCAAUUCCAUUUAUUUUAAUACCAACAUUCAGUGGAGCAACUUUGGGUUGGGCAUCAAAUUUGAAAAUCGAAAUUCAUAUGGUUGUUGGUUUAUUUUUGUUACUGAGUGAGUCUUCAAAUAAUCAAAAUUAGAAUGUCUACUCAUCUCAAAUUCUUAGUAGUAGAAACUCAAAUUUUUCAUGCUAAAAAUUUUGUUGAUUAACCCAACCCAACACCCAAUUCAAUUUCCGUCUGAUGAAACCAAAAACAUCAGCUCGCAAAUUCUCAAUAUAGAAUAUAGAUAACAAUGGAGUCGCUUUCCUAUUUUCAUACUCCUCAAUUUCUAAUCCAAACAUUCCACAUAAUAAUUCUAAUAGCAGUUCCAAUUCAUUGUUUCGGAAUUUAUUGUAUUUUAUGCAAAAUUCCAUCGGCUAUUCGUAGCGCCAAAAUAGUGCUAUUUUUCUCAUGUUUUUGGUGUCUAAUCUAUGAUAUUGGAAUAUGCUUUCUCUCAAUUCCCUUUCUUUUGAUACCAACUUUCAGUGGGAUUUCACUCGGUUUACUUUCAAAUGUAAACUUCAUACUUCAUUUUCUCGCUAGCCUCUUUCUAUUAUUUAGUGAGUUUGCGAGAUCUUAAUUUCGGAUAGUUUGAGACUGAAACUUAUCCAGUAACUCAAAGUUGGUUGAAAAUUUCCUUUGAAAUUUGAAAUGAGAAGUUGGCAAAACAUUCAAUUGUUUUUUAAAUUAGAAACCGCAAAUCCUUCCAGGUCUUGCCUGUUCAAUAAUCUGUAUCCUAGCCAAUCGCUACUUCCAACUUACAUCCCGUUCCCAAUAUUCACACCAUAUCCAACUUUCCUUCUACAUUCUACACUACACUUUAGCAAUUAUCUUUUCAAUAUAUAUCAUCCAAAAAGUCCCCAAUCAACCAGAAGCCCUCGAAGAAGUCUAUCGAACCCUUCCUAAUCUUCCAAACUAUAUAAAAUCAAUGCGAAUCGAUGUUUUGACCAGUGAACCAUUUGAUAUUAUAAUAAGAUCAACAAUUUGUUCAACUACAGUUGCAAUGGAAAUCCUAUUUCUUGCAACUUUAAAUUACUAUAACUUAUAUAAAAAGAGCAAUCUAAGCAUAAGUUUGAGCACCAGAAAAAUGCAAAAAUCAUUUUUCCUCGCAAUUUGCGUACAAAUCAUGGUUCCAGCAAUUUUACUUGCUUUACCAUUGAUAUACGUAGCAUAUCUUUGUAUAAACGAAACAUACAAUCAAGGUUAGUUUUUUUGUUGAGUAAAAUACUUUCAAAACUAGAAAAUAUCUAACAAUUAUUUCUAUAGCAGCAAAUAAUUUUUUCAUCCUUUCUUUCGGAAUUUACGGGACAAGUUCAACAUUAUCAAUGAUUCUAACACAUCGGAAUUUUCGAAAAACACUAUUUUGCAUCGGAAAAAUCAAGAAGAAAAAGGAAGUUUCGAUAAAUAUCAAAGAAUCAAAAAUUGUCAUAUCACGUCCUUUUGGAUUGGCUAAUUUGACUCCUUGA